GUCCGAACGAUGCCAAGCUGAAGGUCAGUCACUCCUCGAGCCAAACUUGGCACGGGGUCCCCUGCCGAAGCCAAUUUUUCUGGGGCCGCACAACACGCGCGAGAAAACACAAGAGGGUGCAACAACCCAGCGGCCCGCCGCAUGCGCAGGCCCGACCGCGCGGGCCUCCCGGCAGACUCCGCCAAGGAGCACGAAGCGCCCUCGGCCGAGCUCGCGGCGGACCCCGAGGCAGGCCACUCUUGGAAGGAAUCGAUCGGGCACAGCGGCUCCGAGAGGCCCAAACGCUGCAGCAGAAGAACCGGACUGAACAUCAACUGUCGGAGCUCCGAGCGGAGCUCUUGCACCUGCGCUGAAGCCCGCUCCCUUCCCCGCGCGGCGCGGCGCCAGAGGCGCCGCCAGAGGGGCGCAGCGCCGAUCCGAGAAAUCCGCGCGGACUCCGAAUGAUUAUAUUAUUCGGCAGAAGUGGAGCCACAAAAUUGAAACCGAAAAUCUACGCGCGCAGCGAUGCCCCGGGCAUGCCGCGCGGCUCGGAAGCAUCCAGGCGGCGGGCGGCCCCGACUGUAUACCCUCGAGCUCGGCAGCUGGAGAGGCUGGCUGCGGGCCUCGGGACACGCCUGCAGAACAGGGCCAGACGGGAGACCGGCCCAACCCCUGAGAGGGAAACGAGGCGUGACCACGAAAAACCACAUCCCCAAUCCCAAAAUCGCGGAUUCGCUGGGGAUUCGAAGAUCGGCCAAAGAUUUCGGGGAUACUCCUCGAUGGUCCUCGCCGAAGGAAAAAUGCGCACGUCCGAGCGAUGCCAAGACAAGGCCGCCACGAUUUGCGACCGAAGAGGCCCAGGUCUCGCAACGGUCGAGCCGCCAGGUGCCCCGGAGCAUGCGUGGCCCACGCCUUAGCUGCCCGGCCGGGCCUGAAUUCUGGCUGCCAGGUGCGGCAGCGGGACGACUUAGAAGAAGAACAAAUACCAGAAACAUACACUUUUGGCGCUCCACGCGGCUUUCCUGGAUCUGCAUCAGCGCGCGGAGCGCGCCAGGGGCGACGCCGGAGGCGCCGCCCGGGGGCCCCAGCGCGGAUCCAAGAAAUCCGUGCGGAGACCCCAAAAAAUUAUGUUGUGGCGUUGACUCUUCUUCGAUGGGCUCCGGCCGCAGAGGCG